GUUUAUGAUGCAGGCGGUUGAUUUCAUUUCCUUAGUUUGAACCAAGAAGAAUGAAGCUGAGUGUCACUGCUAGAGACCAAACCUGUUGUCUUGUUCACCAUUUUGGACAAGAAGAAGAGGAAUCUCAAAGACAGUUAUUUGUGGAAUUGGUACGCAACCUCUACCUAGGUCAGUGGGAGAUUGCCUCUGCUUGCCAUGAGCACCUAUGUAAGCAGAGAAAACAUCACGGUAAGAGUGUUCACCUUCAAACACUCUUGUGUGACCACUGUGUAAAGAUUCCUCAAGCAUAUAGCAGUACAACAGGCAGAAGCACGAUUUCACCUAAUGAAGGCAACUCUCUUGGAAUAAGCAUUGGAUCAAGAUCAGUACCAUCACCACACCACCUAUCAUGGCUGUGCUUGAUGAAUCUAAAGAAAACUGGGUUCGAGAUGACUCAAUAUGGGGAUGCAGUGCAGUUCAGGCUAAUGCUGGAGCAGACACAUGAGUGUGAGCCAUCUGCUGCAAUCAUCAAGGAAAUUUAUGACUGCUACUCCUCAUUUCAUGGAGUUUCUGCUGCUACAAAUGCAUCACCUUCUAGAUUGUCCGAGGAAUCUCUGAGUUUGAUCGAGAGGAUUAUCGACCGUGAUAUCAUCUUAGGCCAUCAAAUUAUAUGUCGACUGACAGCUCAACAAACUCAGGUGGUGCACAACGCAGCGCUGCAGCACGUUUAUCUGCGGUGCAUGCGGCGCCAUCUGGCGCUCAUCAAUCGCGCGCAGACUGGCAUCUCGGGCGACAGCGCCGCUGUGAACCCAUCUUUCUCGUUCGUCUGCAAGUUGUUGUCGUUGCUGAACGCGGAGGUUGCUAGGAGCUGUUCGGAGCCGGUGUGUGAGUUAUUCGAGGAGGUGCUCGAUGCGACGGAGCGCGUGGGCGAGAGCUCGCUCGCGCACCGGCCAAUCGCCGAUGAUGUGUGCGCGGCGCUGCUGCGCGUUGAUGACUCAUUCCUCGUCGAUGAAUACCUGAAGUUGGAGGACGAGCGAUUCGGACGGUGUCCACCGCAGCGUGCGCGAACCACGACGGAGCUCACACGGCGAAGCAGCGGUGAAGAUAACCCUAACGUUGCAUCUGCGUCGCUGGUGUCGUGGCGGGAAAUCUUUCUGUCCUGUCUGCGAGGAAAGACGCAUUUCUUAGAGGAUGUAUUGUUGAACUGUCUGGAAAGUGUGCUGCGACAUGACUAUGAAGCAUUGAGGCACCUCCUGGCACCUCCUGCAUUUUCAAGACUGCGCCCUCUGGUGGUGUUACUAUCGUGGAGGAUGUGCGAUGACGUGUCGAACUUGACCAAGCUCAUAAAAACAAUAUGGCCACCAGAUGAGACACCUCCCUUGACAGAUGCAUCAUUGCAGAGAGGCGUUGACCGACUGUCCAAUGAGCUGGAAGUUAUCAACUGGUGCAUGUCAAAAAUACGUACAAGCAAGCUUCCAGUGGCUACAGAUACUUACCAGAGGGCACAAAAUCUACUGCACUGCAUGGAAGAUAAUUCAGUACUAUACGUCCUGCAUUACAUGGGCAUGAUAGGAAGAGUUCCACAUCGAGACAUAUACGAGCUAUUGAGAGAAAAACGGGCGUCUGUGACCAUGGCUGAGGCUGAUGCUGGUGUUAGUAUCUAUUCUGCAUUCUGUGCUGUGCAAGCUGUCAUGGAUGCCAUCUUUCAUAGCACUGCCAUCGAACACAAGAUUCAAGCAGAGUUUAGAAGGUCACGCCGCAAUAGUGAAAACUGCAAAUCGGACCUAUGCAAAUCGGUCAGCCACGAAUCGCAAGAUUGCGAGAGAACGAGGUCAGCUUGUGUCGGCAUUGAUACAUCGGGGUCAAAGGUCAGAUAUGAUGAGAUGGAUAUGCAGGCGCAAGCACGUGACGAAUACCAGCAGCUUUAUACAAAACAUGUGAUGAUGGCACUGCAGUGUGCAAGGAGUGCCAUCACAGCUGUGAAUCCUCUGGCAUACAGGAGGGUUCAUUCCCAGUUUUCCAGACUGGAGACCCUGGAAAACAUCUUCUCCCUGCUGUUUGUGCGCUACAAGGACCUGCACGACAGCGUGCUGCCACCUGGCGAUGCUACCGAGGAGGGGGGUAACGGCGACGAGGAGAGGUCGCGGCGGAGCUUCGAGACGAGUCUCGACAGCAUCGUGUUCGAGCAGCAUCUGUCGGUGAGCGAGAAACAAGUGGCGCCGGCGACGCUCACCGUGGAGCAGCACAGUCAAGCGAAUUCGAGCGACUCGACGGGCGAACACACGGCAACGACGUCAGCGGACGUCCAUGCGGGCCCCGGCGGCGGCGGUGGCGCCACCGACCAAUGCUUCCUGCCACUGAACGACGAGCGCAGUUCUGAGGGUGACUGCCAGGGGGCGCCCUACGUUGGUUACUCGAGUUCGCGCAGUGUGAGCAGUUUGAACGGGUACAGUACGGGAUUCCUAUGCAACGCGCUACUCGCACGCGAUCUGCUGCACCUGCUCAAGGACUGCGUUGACGAGCUCAAGGUCACAGAAACGACACGGUCGCAGCAGCCAGCGCCAUCUAGACCGUCGGAGCGGGAGCGGCCACAGGCACCUACUAAGCCAGAGUUAGUUACAGACUCAGAGAGGGCGCCACCGCAGGAACCUAAUGAACCGGCGUUUGUUACAUACUCAGAGAGGGCGCCACUGCAGGAACCGAAUGAACCAGCGUUCGUUACACACUCAGAGAGGGCGCCACCACAGGAACCUAAUGAACCGGCAUUAGUUACACACUCAGAGGGGGCGCCACCGCAGAUGCCUUCUGAAUCAGCAUUAGAUGCAGGCAUGAAGACAGCCUCACGUGAUGUUAUCAGUCCAACCUUGAGCACUCCUCUAAAAGACUCGACCCUUCAGGCACGUCUCAGCUGUCUCAGUCGACUCGUGAGCGAGGCGCUGUGGCGGUACCGUCUCGUGACGGACUCGGGCAUCCCGGACGCUGUCGGCGUCAUCAGCAUCUCAGAGCCGCGUCUCGAGCGGAGCGAUGAUGGGGAGGAGGAUGAGGAGGCUGAGGAGUGGACGAAGCCCAGAUACCGUCGCCGCCACAAACACGCAGGUGUGAUAAAUGCACACUCCAGCAGCAGUGCCUCAAAAAGUGCUUCACAAGAUGGCGAGAGUCAGAGUGGAGGACAAGAUGGUGGCAGACGCACACGCAGAAAGUCUUUGCGGAGGCAAAGAGGGAGCCAUCGUAAUCUCCAACCGAGGAACAGCAUCGUGUCCGAGAUGCUCGCUUCACGCGAAACUCUGCUCAAUGUGUGCUUGCUCAAAGGAAACUACCUGCAGGCCAAGCAGGUGAUCAAGAUGUGUGACAUGGAUGAACAUCCUGCAGUAUAUGAGGUAGGUUUCCUAGAACACCAAGAGAUGGCAGCACGAAAGAUAAUGAAUGCAGAGAUGCGCCACAAGGCUACACAAUUACAGGGAGAUAAUUAUUCAGGCAAGGAUAGCGUGAGUAGCAUAGCCCGCGUCGCCGCGUCAGGACUGGCCGUCACGCUCAUCUCCCGCGUUGCCGAAGAGCUGCUCCACCACAGCACCCCGUGCGUCUCGCUGACGCACCACCAGGCGGCAGCACUGCUCAGCCUGGGCGUGUUCCGCGCGGGCGAGGAGCCGGCGAUGGUCGUCGCUGACCUGGGCGUCGCCAGCAGCGGCACGCACGACGGCUCGCUGCGUCUGCUCGACCUCGCCACACGCAAACUGUCCGCCGCCGGCAGCCUGCAGACGAGCGGGGGAGGCGGCGGCGGCAACGCCACCUUCUCGGGAUUCCUUGCGCGUCUGGUCGCGCUCGGUGGCGCCCUCGACGGGCGGCGGAGCGUCGCGCACGCGCUCACCUGCGGCACGUUCUCGCCGCACGCCGAGAUGCGCCGCCACCAGGUGGCGGUCGUCGACGGGCUGCAGCAGUGGGGUCGUGCGGCGCUGGCGUGCCUGCAUCGCGGCGUGGCGACGCGGCGGGGCGGUGAACCCAGCGAUGACGCGAGAUCACUGCAGAGACCUGGCAAACAGCUGUUCAGGCGAUUCCGGAGGACGAGACAUCAGGCAAGAGAUAGUAUUCAUGAUAUAGUGCGCAGGUGCAGCUAUGGUAGUAGUGGUUGCGGCAAUGUCAGUAGUAAUUCUAGCAGGAACACAGGUAUAGCUAUAGCAGUAGCUGUAGUGGCAACGUCAGUGGUAGUACUAGCAGUGAUAUGGGUGUAG